GGGUGGGGACAAGAAGUGCCCUCUGGCCUUGUUGUCAGCAAAACAAGAAAUAUACUCACGAUUAGUGUGCUGCAGCUUGCCAAAAUGAGUCGGGCACUCUUGGGUUGCCUCUUCGCCCUGAUUAUAUCGGCGGCAGCAUUAGGUCAAGAGGCCACGCACAACAAUCAAAGUCCAACGCGGUCGUACGCACAAGCCGCUAACAAUAAUCAGCCGCAAGCCCCGGCGGCGUCUGCCGCUGGAGCGUCCGACGCGAAGCCUUCGCCGACCCCGUUCUCGUACGCUCAGGCGGCCAGGGCACCCUCAGGUACGACCCCAUUCUCGUACGCUCAGGCGGCCAGGCCACCCUCAGGUACGACAACCCCUUCUCCUCCAAGAUCGUUCCCGCAAGCGUCACAGAACGGGCCGAGCAACACCGCAACUCGAAUCCAGCAAGGCACCAAUCCGCCGAGGGUUUAUCAGUCCAGGGGCCAAACGACUUCUGCUCCAGGCGUUUCGAACGUGUCUGAUGACGAUUUGAGGAGCUUCAGCGAGGAGUUGCUCCGCAGCGACUCCAACAAUGCUGCCAGCCUGGUCAGGGCCAACUGGCAGGGCAGGACGCACGGCUCCAACACCGCCGACGUUGCUUCCCAACCACUGCUAGUCCUGCAGGCUAGGGCUCUCCAACUGUCAACCACCUCCAAACUGAAGCACUUGUACGACAACUACGUGCCUGACGUUGGACAGGCUGAGGUUGUCACUGCUUACGAAAGAGACGAAGACCGAGCUUUGCUGGACGCCAUCAUGGCUACUCAGGUCAUGGCCAAGACCAAAAAAUUCCUAGUUGACAAAGGUUUGAUUGAAAACGCGGCUGGUUCGUUGAAAAACAAGCUGAACAUGCUGUGGUUCACAAUGUUUCCCAGACUCGGAGGUCAAUCACCGAUCGGCUCCAGCGCAUUUGAACAUGUCUUCCUGGCGGAGAUCAGGAAGGGCGAAAUUUCCGGCUUCCACAACUGGCUCUACUUUGCCCAUGAAGAAAACACGGGGAAAAUGAACUACCUCGGAUACAUCAGGCACGUCGAUCUAGCAGGGCGUGGAUCGGUUGUGAAGCACCAUUUCACGUGGAAUAACGUGACGAAGCCCGUGGGCUCCAUGUUCAUCGGGACAAGUCCAGAACUGGAAAUGGCCCUGUACACAGUCUGCUUCUUGACCAGGCCGGACAACAAGUGUCCCGUACGACUCGGGGGAGAGCCUUUCUUCAUCAAGACGCACUCAUUCACAUACAGAGGCAAUAAAUAUAUCGGAAGCGCUUAUCCGGAAAUUUGAACAGUUAAAAAAUAAAAAAUGUUAAAUGAUAAA